CCUUUCAAAAAAAAAAAAAAAAAAAGUUAAAUUCAAGUACUCAACUACAACUGGUUUUUUAGUCCACCAUUUCCAUUGCCUGUCGUUGUUUCUUCGGCGAUCAUGAACAUCAAACAUCAUUUGCUUUAUCUCCUGAUCCUCUUCCCCUUGUUGCUCCAGUCGCCACCGGCUUCCGCCGUGAGUUUCAUCUUCAACUCCUUUAACUCCACCUCCGUAUCACUCUAUGGCAACGCCACCAUCCAAUCCAACAUCCUCACCCUCACUAACUCUACUCCUUCUCAGAUUGGGCGUGCCCUUUACCCACAAAAGAUCCCCAUGAAAAAAGCCUCAUUGCUGAUCCCCUUCUCCACCUCCUUCAUCUUCGCCAUGGUGCCCACACAAAACGUUCUUCCUGGACAUGGUUUCGUGUUUCUAUUCACGCCUGUCACCGGAAUUCAGAAUGCAAACUCAGCUCAAAAUCUUGGUCUACUUAGCAGAGAGGUUGAUGGGAACUCAAGCAAUCAUGUCUUUGGUGUUGAAUUUGAUGUGUUUAGGAACGAAGAGUUUGGAGAUAUCAAUGGUAAUCAUGUUGGGAUCGAUGUGAACUCUUUAUCAUCUGUUAAUUCACGUGAACCUGGGGAUCCAGAUGGCGGUGGGGGUUACAGAACCAUGCAACUUAACGAUGGUAGAAACUAUCAGGUUUGGAUAGAAUAUAGUAAUUUUAGGAUCUCUGUAAAUAUAGCUCCUGCAGGUAUGGAAAGGCCCUCAUCUUGUUUCAUAUGCGCCCCCUUGAAUCUUUCAGAUGUUUUUGAAGAUGAAAUGUAUGUGGGAUUUACUGCUGGUACAGGGAGAUUGACUCAAAGUCACAAGAUCCUAAGUUGGAGCUUUAACAACACAGAUGAUGAUUUAUGGAAUGACGGUCUGAUAACAGAAGGGCUGCCUUCAUUUGUGCUUCCUGGUGGUGAGCGUAAUAAUCCGUCAACAGGGUUAAUUGUUGGUUUACCAUUGGGGAUUUUCUUUGUUUUGUUGACUUGUGGUGUGGUUAGUUUUACCUGGAUCAAGAAUAGGAGGAGAUUAGCGAAAGAAAAAUCUGAAAUGGAGGAAGAGUAUUUAGAUCAAAUGCCAGGAAUGCCGACUCGGUUUUCUUAUGAACAACUGAAUACAGCCACAGAGAAUUUUUGUAAAAAGCUUGGUGAAGGAGGAUUUGGAUCAGUUUUCGAAGGGAGUCUUAAAGAUGGGUCAAAGAUUGCAGUAAAAUGCCUUGAAGGUCUUUCUCACAUUAAGAAAUCAUUCCUAGCUGAGGUUGAGUCCAUUGGUAGCAUUCACCAUGUUAAUCUGGUUAGACUUAGAGGAUUCUGUACAUGGAAAACACAACGUUUUCUCGUGUAUGAUUUCAUGAGUAACGGGUCAUUAGAUAAGUGGAUCUAUCAUGGAAAUCAAGAGCAUAUAUUAGAUUGGAAAUGCAGAAAGAAAAUCAUUCUUGAUAUAGCCAAAGGUUUAGCAUAUCUCCAUGAAGAAUGUAGGCAAAAAAUCAUCCACCUUGAUAUCAAACCUCAAAACAUACUCCUAGACGACGAUUUCAAUGCCAAGGUAUCUGAUUUCGGGCUGUCUAAGCUAAUAGAUAGAAAUCAAAGCCAAGUGAUGACUACGAUGAGAGGAACCCCUGGGUAUCUGGCUCCAGAAUGGUUGAGCUCGGUUAUCACAGAAAAGGUGGAUGUGUACAGCUUCGGAAUCGUCCUCUUAGAGAUCCUAAGUGGCAGAAAGAAUUUUGAUAGAUCUCAGCCAGAAGAAAGUUGGCACUUACUCCGUGUUUUUCAAAAGUGCUGGGAGCAAGAAACGUUGUUGGAUAUGAUUGACAUGAACAGUGAAGAUAUGCAAAUGAACAGUACAGAAGUGGUGGAGAUGUUGAAUAUGGCAUCAUGGUGUUUGCAGACCAAUUACACGCAAAGGCCUUCAAUGUCAAUUGUGGUUAAGGUGUUAGAAGGAACAACGAAAGUUGAACCAAACUUGGAUUAUAACUUCACAGAUGCAAGACUACAGAAAAACAAUAACCAGGAGAAAGAUUUAACACCAUUGUUGCCGUCUGUUCUAUCUGGUCCAAGGUAAGUAGUUUUAAAUGUUCUUGUGGAUCAAAUCUAUGUUUUUGUAUUUUCUUACUAGACAAAUCGGUCUUCAUUGAUUUUAUUGAAUCCGUGUGCAUGUGAUUACCAUUUUGUGUUUUUAUUUUAAUAAUUUACCUUACGUCCA